AUGGGCACUUUCUAUAUAGAAAUUGGCCUGGGAGACGAACAGGGAUCAAAUUGGCGGACAUUGGACGCGCUGGUUGACACCGGCGCGUCCACGACUUCGCUACCCGCCAGCGUUCUGCAGGAAUUGGGUGUGCGCCCUUUGUCUACUGAACGGUUCCGGUUCGCUCAAGGUGAGGUGAGGGAAUUGCCGGUUGGCUACACCUGGAUUAGAUUUGCCGGCAAGGAGGUGAUCACCCAGGUCAUCUUCAAUGCCGAGGGAACCUCCCCCCUGCUCGGUGCGUUGGCACUUGAGGCCGCUUACAUGGCCGUCGACCCGGUCGGGCAGAGGCUGAUCCCGGUUGAAGGUUUCCUGAUGUAG